AUGGGAUCCGCGCAAAGUAAUGACCCAGCAGCUGCUGCAGCGUCCGCUCAGUUCAAUGCCCUGAUCCGCGAAAUGGACUACUACAAGCUUCUCAAUGCUGAACGCAACGCCUCCCCCGACGAACUCAAAAAGGCUUACCGCAAAAUGGCUCUUCGUCUGCAUCCAGAUCGUAAUCUGGGCCAGGAAGAAGAAGCCACGGUUCUCUUUGCCAAAAUCCAGGCAGCCUACGAUGUCCUCUCUGACCCCCAGGAACGCGCAUACUACGACCAGUUUGGUCAUCGCGGUCGUGGUGGCCAACAACAACAGUACUCUCAACAACAAGAAGAGUUUGUACCACGCUUUUUGACAGUUGAAGAACUUAAACGAUACGUAUCUGAUCUUGAAAUGUACAAGGGUGUGGCCAGCGGUGGCGAGCUCAAGUUUUACAAAGUUGCAGGCGAUAUCUUUAAGCGAUUAGCACGUGAAGAGCUGGAAUCACAGCCCAAAUUUAAUCCAAUGUACGAACCUUUGCCAGCCAAAUUCGGUACUUCCAAGACUGAUUAUCUGGAAGAGCUCGAACCCUUUUACAAAGCUUGGGCCGCGUUUUCUACCAUCAAACCUUUUACAUGGGCUGACAAGUACGAUGUCAAAUAUGCGGAGGACAGACGUACACGACGCGCCAUGGAUGCGGCCAACAACAAGGCACGCGAAGCAGCCAAACGUCAAUUUAAUGCUGCUGUUAAGACGUUUGUGGCCUUUAUUCGCAAAAACGAUCCGCGAUAUAAGCGGUAUGCUGGACAAGAUGCAGCCAACCUUGGGUUUGGGAAGAAGGCGAAUGCGAAAAAAUCAGCCAAGCAACUUUCUGAAGAGGAACGGAAGCGCAAUGCUCAAGAACGGACUACUUAUGAAGAACAAGAAUGGGAGCGGAUUUCGAAGCAAGAUGUGAAUACAUUUUUCUCCGACUCUGAAGAGGAAAAGAAGAGUGCAAGGAAAACUGCAGCAGCAGGAGAACCACCUGCUGGGUUCACAAGAGAGGAAAAUACAGAAACAGGGUCUGAUGAAGGGUCUGAUGUGGAAGAAGUGUUUGAAUGUGUGGUGUGUGAUAAAACAUUUAAGACGACAAAGCAGCUGGUUGCGCACGAGCGAUCAAAGAAACAUAUCAAGGCAGUGGAGCAGCUUAAGGAAGAGAUGCGCAAGGAGGGCAUUGAUCUUGGGUUUGACCAAAAGGACGAGCCAAAAGUAGAAGAAGAAGAAGAAGAAAAAGAGAGUUCUGAAGAAGAGCCACCCAAAACCAGUGGAUUUGCGGCACUACAAACUAGCGAUGAUGAGGAUGAUGACGAAAGUGAGGAAGAAGACGAAAUUGUUCCACCAUCAAAGUCCAGUGCGUUUAGUGCGCUCAUGUCUGAUGAUUCCGAUGAAGAUUCUGAGGACGAGUCAACAGAUGAAAUGCAUAAGCCUGUAUCGAGCGGAUUUGGCGCGCUCAUGUCAGAUAGUGAAGAAGAGGAAGAUGAUGAUGAUGAUGAUGACGAUUCAGAGGAAGAGUCAUUGGAUGAGGCUCAUAAACCCGUGUCUAGCGGGUUUGGCGCUCUCAUGUCGGACAAUGAAGAAGAAGAAGAAGAAGAAGAAGAAGAAGAAGAAGAAGAAGACGAUUCCGAAGACGAUUCUGAGCCUACUCCUGCACCAGUUCCCAAAAAGUCUACAGCCAAAGAUCAAUCGAUUGCCGAUCUUCUUGCACAGCUCGAACAAACACGCAUGGGCUCUUCUUCACCAGCAGCCUCAACCUCGGCCUCGUCACAGAAAUUGGGCAAAGCUAAGCAGCGCAAAAUUAAGAAAAAUACACACGGUAAUAACUAUAGCUCCGGCGCAGGCGGCGGACCAACGCUCCUGUGCAAUGUGUGCAAACAAUCUUUUUCCAGCAAAAACAAGCUGUUUGAUCACAUUAGACAUACAGGACAUGCUGCUGCACGAUAA